UAUCGGGCCGUUUUUCGAUCAGAACAGUUCGUGUCAUCAUGAAGGUACAAGCCCUAAUUUUAUUCGCCACCCUGGCGGCCGCAGUGGCCCAGGAAUUCCUCCAGGAGGAUGAAAAUCGGGACGCCAAAGAAGAUUCUGAAUGGGAGCUCUUUAAGGCCAAGCAUAAGAAAAGGUUUAAGAAUAAAAAUCGCGAGCAGAUGCGCAAAAAAACGUUCGUGGAGAACAACAGGGGAAUCAAGAAACACAAUCAAGCUGGAAAAUCCACUUACAAGCUCCAGCCAAAUCAGUUCGCUGAUUGGUCCGACGCUGAGCUCGAGCAAUUAAAGGGAGAAAUUGAUACAGACAACGAAAUUCCCGCACCCGUCGUGAGUGGCGAUAUUCUUCGACAGGCUGUUCCAGACGCUGUAGACUAUAGAAAAAGUCCCUGCCUGGCUAAAGUGAAAUACCAAGGGGGAUGCGGUUCUUGCUAUACCUUUGCUGCCACAACUCCCAUUGAAUACCAGCGCUGCAUGAAAACCGGAACAUUAGUCACCCUAAGCGAGGAAAACCUUGUCGACUGCAGCCAGAAAUACGGAAACGCCGGCUGUAACGGAGGUCUAGCCUUACGCUCUUGGAACUACGUAAAAGAUGUUGGCCUCAAUACCGAAGACGCUUAUCCCUAUCAGGGCGAAGAAACUAUGUGCGAAUAUUCAGCAAGCAAUUACGGAGGCAACGUCACCACCUGGGCAUAUGCUACAAGGACUAAUGAUGAAGAAGCUAUGAAGGUCGUCGUUGCAAAAUACGGUCCUCUGGCUGUAUCCGUUGACGCUAAUAACUGGGACUUUUACAGCUCCGGAAUCUUUUCAUCACCUACGUGCUCGAAUACCAGCACCAAUCACGCUGUCGUCAUUGUUGGUUACGGAAAGGACACCAAAACCCAGAAAGACUUCUGGAUUGUCCGUAACUCCUGGGGACCUGAGUGGGGUGAAGGUGGCUACAUCAAUCUCGAGCGAGGGGUGAACAUGUGUGCCAUUUCAAAACGUGCCGUAUUUCCCACAAGCGGUUUCUGAUGAGUAUCCACAUUACUACAACCUAAAAUAGAAAGACAUUCCAAGUAUAAAUGUCGUCCACUUCGUUACAUAAUUGGCAAAAUACACACAGAUUUCGGUAGCGAAUAAUA